UGACAUGCACUUUUUUUUGUACUAAUUGAACUCAAACUUUGAUAGGCUACUUUUCAACUUGUUACUCUUUUCUCAAAUCCUGGAACAAAAAUCACCUGAAGGCCUGAAAACAUCUGAAAAGUUGUUCCACUCUUCUAUUCUUAUUUCACAGGAUUUCCAUCAGUUGUACAUCUGAGGACUCAGACAAUCAUGAUGUUGACCACUGCAGCUCUUAUUCUCAUUGUCACCUGUGACGUUGCUCUAGGACAGGAUUGCAAAGAGACAAUAUAUCCUUUGGAUAUGGCACCAGAUUCAGUGGAUGACAAAUUUGAUGGUUGUUCAAAAAAUAUGACACGUCAAGUGGAGACACAAUAUCUAAACAAAGAAAUCUCUGCUAACAUAUCUGGCUUUGGGACAGCUUGGGAAAAUGGUACAGAAAAAACCCCGGGAGGAAAAGAUAACUUGACAAGAAACCAUUUAAUUGCCAUUCAUGUGUACACUGGUAUUCAUGUACAUAAUCAAUUCAAUAAUGCUAGUAGGGCUGGUAAUCAAGCAUACAAAAACUUGACAUUCGGAUGGUACUCGCUUCACUUUUGGUUGACGGAAGCAGUACAGAUUCUAAAGAAAACACAACAGGGAUGUAAAAUAACAUAUCGUGGUACCAAAGCUGAGUUUAAGGCUUCGAACAAAGAGAUUCGUUUCGGCUCAUUUACGUCCUCCUCUCUUGAUCAAAAUGUAACGAAGGGAUUUGGAAAUCUUUCUUGUUUUGAAAUCUAUACUUGUCAUGGUGCUGAUGUGACUAAAUACUCCCAGUAUCCUCAUGAGAAAGAGGUCCUGAUACCCCCGUAUGAGAAGUUUAACAUCACUGAUAUCAAGAAGAGAGAUCAGGAAGAUGUCUGGUGUAAGACUGUGUACAUGUUGAACAGCUCUGGAAUAGAAAGUAACUUAAACUGUGCGGUGGCAUCAACCGAUUCCCAGAAAUAUCACAAAAGUCAUUCUCUCUCUCGCCAUUGUAACAGAGGAGGGCGCCAGGAACUUUUAUCCGACCCGCACAACAGUUUUUUAAUGAAAAGUAAACAUGGCGAUAAAAAGGAGUAGACUCCAAAAGUUGCGUGUUCGACAAAGAAAGGGCCGCAAAAUAUUUCACCAGUAUCGGACAAAAGGCGAAAAGAAUGUUUGAUUUCAUAAGAAAGGAAUUACCAUUAAUGCAUAAAAAACACAUCCUGCACACAUUUUCUCGAAAUGAUGGAUAUGUAGUAAGUCAUCUAGCCCUUGAGAUGAUCUGAUACUUGUAAAUUAGACUCAGAAUAGAUUCAGAAUAGAAUCAGAACUCCAUGUGGUUUCAUCUGUAUGUCUAUCUAGUGAUAUUCACAAGGGUAGAGAGUCAGAAAAUGGGUAUUUGAUGUUUUUAUUUAAUU